GUUAGGGGGCGUUUCUCCAGGAGGAAAGCUGUGAGCUGCGACGCUGAGGAAGGGGACCCCAAAACGUCUGGCACUGCCCCCUCCAGGGAUCACUUUGGACCGCCUCACUCGGCCCAGCCGGAUUCUGAAACGCCGAGGGGUCAACCUGAUGGGUUUCGGGGUCAACGGAAGAGGGGAAGGGGAGCCCUGGCGGGGAGAACCCCCCGGUCCCCCGCCCAGCAGCUGAGGCACAGGAGGGCGGCCAUCUUGGCCGGGAGGGUAGGGCUGGGGAGCUGCGGGCGCCGUGCGAUUGGGGGGCUCGCCCGGAAGUGACGCCAACUACCCGGAAGCGGAGGGGGUUCCCUGGCCCACUCCCCCCUCGUUCGUUUGCUCCCCCGCUUCCUCCCCGCCCCCCUUCCUCUCCAUUCGUUUCCCCCCCUCCCCGUUCCCUGCCUUCUUCCCCCCCCGCCGUCCCUCCCCCCCAACCUCCGGAGCUGGGAAGAGAGUCAAGAUGGCGGCGAAAUCCGAUGGCGGUGGCGUGGGGGUGGGCUUCGCUCAGCUGCACAACCUGGACGAAGCGGUGGGCAGCGGCGGCGAGGAGGACGGGGAGCCCGGGGGAGGCGGCGGCGGCGGCGGCGGCGACGGCAGCGAGCCCGGCGAGAGCAGCUCGCUGCACAUCUGCCACUGCUGCAACACCUCCUCGUGCUACUGGGGCUGCCGCUCCGCCUGCCUGCGCGCCCUCCUGGGCAAGAAGCCGCGCCGCAGCGCCGCCGCCGACGGGGGGGACCAGCCGCUGCAGCCUCCCGCGGCCCCCGGCGCCGGCCGCCAACCCCCGACGCCCUCGGCCGCGCGGCCGGAGCCGCCGCCGCCGCAGGUGGAGCGGCCGUGGCUCGACUGCCUGUGGAUUGUGCUGGCGCUGCUGGUGUUCUUCGGGGACGUGGGCACCGACCUGUGGCUGGCCCUCGACUACUACCGCAAGGGGGACUACGUCUACUUCGGGCUGACCCUCUUCUUCGUGCUGGUGCCGUCGCUGCUGGUGCAGAGCCUGAGCUUCCGCUGGUUCGUGCAGGACUACACGGGCGGCGGGCUGGGCGCCGUGGAGGGGCUCACCAGCCGGGGCCCCCCCAUGAUGGGGGCCGUCUACGGCGCGGCGCGCGGUGCCCCAGGCGUGGGGGUCUCCGCCACGCCGGCGGCGCAGCGCCUGUGCCGCCUCUCCGUGUGGAUCUGGCAGUCGGUCAUCCACCUGCUGCAGAUGGGGCAGGUGUGGAGGUAUAUCCGCACCAUGUACCUGGGGAUUCAGAGCCAGCGGCGGAAGGAACACCAGCGACGCUUCUACUGGGCUAUGAUGUACGAAUAUGCAGACGUCAACAUGCUGCGCCUCCUGGAGACCUUCCUGGAGAGCGCGCCCCAACUGGUGCUACAGCUCUGCAUCAUGAUCCAGAAGAACCGCGCCGAGACCCUGCCCUGUGUCUCCUCUGUGACUUCCCUGAUGUCCCUGGCUUGGGUGCUAGCCUCCUAUCACAAGCUGCUGCGGGACUCCAGGGACGACAAGAAGAGCAUGAGCUACAGAGGGGCCAUCAUCCAGGUCUUCUGGCGCCUCUUCACCAUCUCAUCCCGAGUGAUCUCUUUUGCCCUCUUUGCUUCCAUCUUCCAGCUCUAUUUUGGGAUCUUCGUGGUGGUUCACUGGUGCGCCAUGGCCUUCUGGAUCAUCCAUGGCGGAACAGACUUCUGCAUGUCCAAGUGGGAGGAGAUCCUCUUCAACAUGGUGGUAGGGAUCGUGUACAUUUUCUGCUGGUUUAACGUCAAGGAAGGGCGGACUCGAUAUCGAAUGUUUGCAUAUUAUACGAUAGUCUUGACUGAGAAUGCUGCCUUGACGUUGCUUUGGUAUUUUUACAGAGACCCGGAGACCACUGACUCCUAUGCGGUGCCAGCACUGUGUUGUGUCUUUAUUAGCUUUGUGGCUGGGAUCGCAAUGAUGCUCUUAUACUAUGGUGUGCUGCAUCCCAUGGGGCCACGAGCUAAGAUCCUUGCCAGCUCCUGUUGUGCCGAGCUGCUCUGGGGCAUCCCUUUGCCCCCCGAUGUUGAGCCCAUGGCACCUGAGACCCCUGGGUACCGGGGGACCCAGGUUACGCCCACCAGAGCCGUAACGGAACAACAGGAGGAUCUCACGGCUGACACUUGCUUGCCCGUUUUCCAAGUGAGACCCAUGGGGCCCCCUACCCCGUUGGGGCGUCCUUACCUCCCAGAAGGGCCCCUCAUUAAGAUUGACAUGCCAAGAAAGCGAUAUCCAGCUUGGGAUGCUCAUUUUGUAGACAGGAGGCUGAGAAGGACUAUUAACAUUCUACAGUAUGUCACCCCCACCGCAGUAGGCAUUCGAUAUCGAGACGGACCACUCCUCUAUGAGUUGCUACAGUAUGAGUCUUCACUCUAAAAGCAUCUUGACCAAGUUGAGAAGGGGACCUUAAGUUUGGUUUGCGGCAAACACCACUUGCAAGAAAUAUAACCCUCCCUUCCCCCAAUACACAGAACCACCGCCACCACCACCAACACCACCACACCAACACCACCACUACAAAAAAAAAAAAUCAAUACGUCACAACCCCUUCAAAUAAGCUUUCUUUCCAGUCGCUGUAUGUAUACAAAGAUAUUCUCUAUGUUUUGUAAGUAAAAACAAAAAGAAAACCUUUCUUUUGUUUUUUACACAUAAGAAACAGUAUUGAAAAAUCCCACGCUAUGGUUCGUAGAGUGGAGAAGGAGGAGUUAUCUCCACUCCAAAAGAAAAAAAAAGUUUUUUACCUUACACCAAGUGUAGAUCAUUUAUGGGAUUGGUGCUGAUUGAAAGAACAAAACAAAACAAAACAAACACAAACAAACAAAAAACCUUCAACUGCCUUAUGCCCUUAGGUGCUGAGUUUCAUUAAGUACUGUCACGUUUUCUCAUGCAAAACUCUCUGGUGAUUUUUGCACCAGAAGAGGGAAAAUUAAACAAUUAAAUGAAACAAAUCUAAAAGUGAAACAAAAACCAACCAACAAAUACAACACAAAGCAAUUAUUCUUCCUAUCUGAUUAUUUGUAUUGAAGAAAACAAAUUUACCAAAAGCAAAAGCAUAAAACCCUUCCCUCUUUUCAGUUUCUCCCCCUCCUCUCCUGACCUUCUCCCCACUUUGCCGAGCCUUCUAGGAGCUCAAGGGCUGUUUGAAACUCAAAUGGCUGGAGAAGCUACUUGAAGGCUGACUAUGUGCCAUUUUAGGAUUUACCAAGCAAGAAUCACAUUUGUUUCCCAGUGAAAAGCAAACCAGAACAAAACAAAAAGCCACCCCAAUAAUUCGGUAAGGACAGGAUAUUCUAAAGCAAAUUAAAGGAGAUUUCUAUACACAUAAUCAGUAAUAAUAAAACUCAGCAUAGUAGCAAAAAGAACGACAUCAAUUUAAAGGCACAAUACUUAAUCAGUGACUGGCAACAACGAUUAGUUCCAUCAUUUUAAGGCUGUGAACGGUAGACAUUUAUCACAUGUGAUAUUGUGUAAAGCCUCUUCUGUUUCCAUUUGGUGGGAAGCCUUAAAUUGAUCUGGAAAGAAUUCUUCAUUUUUCAUUUGUGCUUUUUAAAAAAAAAAAGACACAAAGAGGAAAACUAGAAUAUAUAUAUAUAUAUAUACAUAUAUAUAAAAAGUCAAAAUUGUAAUAACUGACCCAUUUCAAAGACUGUUUGGUGCUUCUGUCUUUCACCAUUGUGGUUGGCUGAAAGUCAUUCAGCUCACCUGGUGCAUCUGGGUUGAAUGGGAAAUUUUGUGUGUGUAGUAUGUGUGUGUUUGUGUGUGUAUGUGUGUGUGUGCCCAUAGCACACGUAUAUCUGUGUGUGUCCCUGCUGCAAAGUCUUGCCAGAGAUAUACAAAACUGAUGUAAGACGGACUUGGAUUACGGCUUGGUUCAGCAGAGCAUGGGAGCGGGGUCUCUGGAGUGGCGGGGAAGGGAUGCUGCCUGCCCACAAGCCCUGGUUUGGGUGGCAAGACUCACACCAGCAGCGGACUCCAGGCCUUAGAGGCCAUGCCAUUUGGGUGAGGAUUUGAUUCCACUGUUUAUUUUCUCAUUGUAUCAAGUUGAAUUUCUGCAGGUGUUGCAAGUAUGUUCAACCAUUUAAAAAAUUUUUAUUUUUCAAAGUAUUGUUCCUUUAAAGAAUAUUUCUGUUCUAGGGCAUCGUUUCAAUCCCAUCGUAUCUCUACUUGGGCACAAAAAAAAAAGGAAAAGAAAAAAAUCACAAAAAAGAUAUAUAUAUAAGUAUAUAUAUAUAUAUAUAUAGACACACACAAUAUUUUUAAGUAAAUACUGUUAGUCUUUGCUGUGUGUAGCUGCGAUUUUUUUUCCAAAUAUAUACCUGUUUAGGGUGCAAGACCUCACAUUGAACUAUUCUCAACAGAAGUUCAAUAACUGAGGGAUUUUUUAAUGUUUGUGGAGUUUUUUUUUUUUUUUUU